AUGCAGCCCUUCAGCAUCCCGGUCCAAAUCACACUGCAGGGUGGUCGGAGGCACCAGGGGAGGACAGCACUUCCAGCCUCAGGCAAAAGUGAUGGAGAGCCGCUGAAGGUGCAUCCAAAGCUUCCAUCAAGUGCUGGAGAGGACCGUGCCACCCUGCUGGGCAUUGCCAUGAUGGCUUCCUCUGUGCUGAUGUUCUUCCUGUUGGGGACCACCAUGCUGAAGCCUUUCAUGCUCAGCUCUAACAGAGAAGAAUCAAACUGCACCACCAUCCACACACACAUUGCAGACGAUUGGCUGAACUUCGCCUUCACCUGUGAGAGCAGCUGCCAGGACCAGGGUGGGUAUCCCUGUCUGCAGGUGUUCGUCAACCUCACCCACUCAGGCCAGAAAGUGCUUCUUCACUACGACGAUGAGGCAGUCAGGACCAACCCCAAGUGCUUUUAUACACCCAAGUGUCACCAAGACAGGGAUAAUCUGCUUAACACUGCCCGGGACAUCAAGGAGUUCUUCGAUCACAGAAAUGGAACUUUCACUUGCUUCUACAGUCCCGAUGGCCAGCUGGGAGUCGUCCUGAGGAAGUCUGGCCCCAAGGUUGUCUUCCAUUGCUUGUUUUGGCCUUUGUUGACUUUGCUGGGUGGGGCCCUGAUUGUUGGCUUGGUGAGGUUGACACAGCAUUUAUCUCUUCAGUGUGAGCAGUACAGCAUGGUGACGAGAGUUCAGGAAGGAGGCAGAGCACGUUCUGUGGGCAGGCGCAGGUUUCCGCUGUGCAGUACGACGAAGAGCCAGGGAAGGAACAGAGAGCUGAAGAGGCGGCUGCACUUCUCCCAUCCCGAGAUGCUCCAGCUGACGACUUGA